AUGGCUAAAGGUCACAAGAAACGUCAGCACUUAACAUCAAACUCUGAAGGUGCAAGUCCUUCCAAGGUCAAAAAUCAUGCUAAGAGCUUUAAGAAGCACAAGCACCAGCAGAUCCUUGACUCAGAUGACAACAUGGACGUUGAUGAUCAGAAUCGUGAUUCUGACUUGCGGUCCAAGGCUAAGAAACUAAAGCCUCCUGUUAAGGUCCACCCACUUGCAAAAAACCUGGUCGACCAUCGAAAACAGAUGAGAAGGCUAGAACUGACCCUAUUCCCGACGACCAGGACAACAGAGAGAGAUGGGUGGAAAUGUCUAGGGAAAACAGGAACAGCUGUUUUAUACAAGCUUUUCCAGGAUUGGGAGAAUGACUACUCACCUCAAGAGUAUAAAAUCUCCAGCAGACUUGUUUCCAUGCAAUUUUUUGGUCAUCCUUGCGAUCGGCCUAAAGAUAUAUGUGCUCGUCCAUUUAUUCUCAAUUGGACCACUGAAAAUCGCAAAGCUCCUUCAAAAUAUAAGGAUGAAUCUCGACCUAUCUUCUGUGUUGAGUAUCAAUGUCUUGGUGGAUGCAAUGCUGAAGCUCCAGAGUCAGAAGAAUCUGCAGCUGAAGAAGAUCAGGAUGAAGAUGUUAGCGAUGAGAAUGAGGAAAACAGAAGAGAAGCUAUGGGAGUUGAUCAGCAGAUUGAAAAGAAGGGAGUUGUGAAGAAGGCAAGCCAAAAAACUGGUAGUUGUCCCCAGAAAGUCAAGAUUCAUAUUGAGGUUUUGACUGAUGAUCUGUCAAACACUUAUGUUUGGCAACUGUUUGUGCACCACCAGACAUAA